AUUUCAACCUCCUGGUAUAAUUGCACUUGAGGACUUCCAGGUUUCUGGUCUCCCACAGUCCUGUGUACCAUGACCUUGACAUUUGGGAAGAGAGGGGCAGGCUGUUGGCCCUAGCCACACCUCUCCUUCCUCAGUCAAUGGGUUAAUUUGCAUGCCUUUUUGUGGUCCAGCAGCCUCCCUAGUCCUGUGCCCCUAAGCACCUGGAGAACAGCCUAGCUGAACAUCUGAACAUCUCCCUGCCUGCCUCUCUGCCUCUGGUCAUGGCCUGCCCCCAGUACCUGGUCCUUCUGCUAAUGGAAGCUUUCCUGGCAGUCUCCCAGCUAGCCCUGGCCCAGCCGGACGCACUGCUGGUCUUCCCAGGCCAAGUGGCUCAACUCUCCUGCACGCUCGUCCCCCAGCAUGCCAACAUUGCAGACUAUGGUGUGUCCUGGUACCAGCAGCGGGCAGGUAGUGCCCCCCGCUACCUCCUCUACUACCAUUCUGAGGAGGACUUCCACCGGCCUGAUGACAUCCCUGACCGAUUCUCAGCUGCCAAGGAUGUGGCCCAUAAUGCGUGUAUCCUGACCAUCAGCCCAGUGCAGCCUGAGGAUGAUGCGGAUUACUACUGCUCUGUUGGUUACAGCUCUGAUCCCUAGGGGUGGGGUAUGGGAUGAAUGUCUCCUGUCUGCCUCUCAUUUCUGCCCCUGAACUUGGAUACCUCUCCCUCUCUGUCUCUCUCUAUGAUCCUUGCUUUCCUUCCUCUGUACAACGGAUUAAUAAAAUUAAAUAUUAUG